CAGACUGGAUUUACCGGACUCCACCUGUCGCGAGCGCUGAGCUCCGUUUCUGUUUGUGGAUGUCGUGAGCGAUUGACAGCAGCGCGCGCUGACACAGGACGGCACGAGCUCUGGCAAGAGGAGCCGCUCACGAGCUGCAGCAUCAGCUCCAGUCCUCCGCGAGACAUCCGCUCACCGAGCCCGGAGAAGGACGCACAGCAGCCGGCGCAUGCUUUUAUCCGCAGUGCCUCAGCCACGCAGCCAGCCGGGGAGCAGAAUGUCAAGACAGCAGCAGCAGCAGCAGCAACAGCAGCACCGGACGCCGUUAAAACUCACCGACAACGUGGUGGAGGUCAAGAGCAAAUUUGAGGCAGAAUACCGUCGCUUUGCUCUGAAGAGAAAUGGCCCAGGUGGAUUCCAGGAGUUCUACCGCCUCCUCCAAACCAUCCAUCGCAUCCCUGGUGUCGACGUCCUGCUGGGAUACGCAGACGUCCACGGAGACCUCCUUCCAAUCAACAACGAUGACAACUUCCACAAAGCUGUCUCGUCAGCUAAUCCGCUACUCCGCAUCAUUAUAACCAAAAAAGAGGAUGAACCAGUCGUCUUUGCCACCAACUCUCUCCAGAGGCGUAAGAAGGGACUAGGCUUAACUGGACUGCGCACCACAAGCUCAGGCUCCACCCACUCAAAGAACAAAUCAGGCCUCUUGAUUGGACUGCCGCAGAACUUCAGACAGAUCUCAUCCAUCAUCGAUGUCGACAUUUUGCCUGAGACACACCGACGGGUACGACUCCACAAGCACGGUACCCACAAACCACUGGGCUUCUACAUCCGUGACGGGGUGAGCGUGCGGGUGACACCACAGGGUGUAGAGAAGGUUCCAGGGGUAUUCAUAUCUCGUCUGGUCCGAGGGGGGUUAGCAGAAAGCACGGGGCUGCUGGGUGUUAACGACGAGAUUCUCGAGGUGAACGGCAUCGAUGUAGCAGGAAAAUCUUUGGAUCAGGUUACAGACAUGAUGGUAGCCAACAGUCACAAACUCAUUGUCACCGUGAAACCGGCCAACCAGAGGAACAAUGUUGUGCAUCGCGGGAGUAAAACCUCAAUGGGUAACUCUGGUUCUGUGGGCUCAGCUGGAUCUACAGGCUCUGCUCUGUCACAUGACUCACCAAGCCCCGCCUCUCAGAGCAACCCCAUUACUGCAAGCAACAGCAUUGCUGAGGGCGACAGUGACGAUGAAGAUGACGACGGCGACCUCAUUCUGGAGAACGACUGCCUGACACCCUACGACUCCCACAGGGUAACUAACAGUAACAGCACUAACCUCAACAGAGACUCACCUAGCAACAGGCCACACAACUUCACUGUGGGUAGGUCCCUCCCACAGAGCGUCUCGUUGCCCAGCAGCAUCGGAGCAUCCCUGAGUGACAGCUCUAUGAUGAUGUCCAAUCACAACGGAAACCCUGCCCACACAGCUAAUAGCAGUCAAGAGAGCAUGAGAGAGGAUGGCAACAUAAUUACACUGUAGCCAUGACAACAAAUGACACCUUGACUGUAACUAAGGGAUUAUGGAAUGUUACAGUCGCAGUGCUGUAACCAUGACGAUUCCAGAUAACUGUCCAGUUAUCUGUCAGAGGACAGACUCAGCAGCAUCUUUUUUUUCUAAAAGUUCUCCCUGUUGAUCCCCUGCAAGUUUCUCUUUUUAAAGUGAAGGGAGGUGUGGACAGGUUAAGUACACUGACAGGACCACACAAACCUCGUUCAGAACAGUCUACUAGUUUCUUACCUCUUGCCAGCCUUGGUGGAUUAUUGACUUUUACAAUUUACAGGCAACCCGUAGAAACUUUUUAUAUGUCUGCAACAUGUGACCGAGGUGACAUUUGGAGCUGAACAGUCAGGUUCUGUAAGCAAAAAAAUAUAUAUUAUUUGUGUUAUUAUAUUAUAAUAAGCCUAUGGAAAUGAUUUAGAUGCCAUAAUGUAUUAACUGAUUAAUAUGGGCAAAACUGAGAAAUGAGUAUAAAUGCUCCCGUAAAAGCCAUACGUCAGUUUGAUGUCAACACGUUAAGAAAAGGUCUUUAUCCAAAAUUGCUUGUGAAGUACUACAAAACCUGCAAACCUCCAAACCUACAGGUGCACCAAUCAGAUACAUCACUAAUAACGGCAGUUUAACUGCUGAAUCAAACAAGACAAUGAAAGAUCAAUAGAGUGUAAAACAUUAAGGGUUCUAUUUUCACAGCAAGACAAGCGUGUCAGUUUAGCAUCGCUCUGAUUUUGAUAUUCUCUUUGUCCAUCUGUGUGACAUUUUGAUGCCCGGUGCACAGCGCAUGGUGCACAGGUGGAAGCAGAAGACCAGACAGGUGUGGGGCUCAUUCAAAUGCAGCAGCACAAAGAAAGUUGUUGGUGUUUUGGUGGAAAUUGGAUCUUAGCCACAAAUAAAUGCCUUUCUGGUGACACUUUACACUACGAUGACUUGGAUGAUUUUUGUCAACCACAGCAAGUGAAGUAUUUGCAGCACAAGCACAACAGUAACUGAAAAAUCAUUUUAAAAAUAUGUUUGAACCCACUACUACUUGCCUUACAGUCAUUACAUUUGGUUGGCAUGUGAAAUAAAGGUUUAUUUUGAUCAAAGCAGAAACACCAGUAAAUCAGUCUAAUCAGUCUAAAUGAAUCUAUAUAAACAAAUAUGGUUGAUUCUGACAGUAUCUUCUUCUCAGUGUAAGCUUCUUCUUUAGUUCAAUAAACACCUGCAGCCUCUGAAGGCAGAAGGACGCUCAUGUUCAUAAACUUGCAGCCUCUGAUUGCAGAAGAGUAUCACCAGAGCACAGCUCCUUCAGAGAGCAGUAAUGUGAUUGGCUGAGAGAGCAUUUAUUAAUCACCACACCCUCUUUUUUCUGUAUGUACAUUCACAGAGUCCUGUUGCACAUUCAUGAAGCGAAAUAGCAAGUGGAGACGCCCAAGCAGUUUGUACACACAAGACACACCAUACCACAUUGUUUGUUGCUCUGACAACAUUAAAGUAGUGCACUACUUGAACUAUAGCGUACACAUGCAACUAUACAAACUCAUUUGCGUUGUGAUUUGUACAACUGUUAUAGAAGAAAGAAGGAGAAGGGCCUGAAAAGGUGUUACAUAGGUGUUUUUAUAUGAUUUUCUCUGUAAAUUUAAGAAUCUAUUAAGUGGAGACAUCUGUUUCAUCUUAGACCAAACAAAAUACAGAAACAUGGAAUCAAGCAUCAAUAUCAGGGGCCAAAAUAAUGAAAUGCCUGUCAUGUGGAGUGCUCCUGUACUCUUAUCUGGGUCAUAUACGUUUGUAACUGGUGUGUAUGUCUUGGAGCUUUGGGGCUGUUACCUUACAGUCAGAGAUGCUGGAUGACUGUGUCACACACUGCGUUUUUUCAUUGUCACAUGCUCUUCUUCACAUUUUACCAAAAUCCAAUUCACCUGAAUCUCAAACUGAAAAACUGUCAGAAAAUAAUCAGCACACAAUAGGAAAUGUAUAAAGUUCUCUUGAGCUUGGCCUUGGCUAAUGUCCCAACUGCAGCUAUCUUGUAUAAUGCACUAUCUUACUGUAUUCUCUAGUUAUUCAAGCAAUUCAGUACUCUCUCAUUCAAUUCAGAGCAAGACCCUGAAAAAAGUGUUACACAGAGCUCAAUAAUCUGCAUGUGCUCAGCGCCCUCUGAUAGUCUAAACGCUUACUCAAUGCCAUGUUGGUCUAACCCGGCUUUGAACACUCGUGUCCCGAGGAUGUGGAAGAAAACCCGUCAUGCUUAUGUUACCUUGUAAAAGGACCUCGUCAAGGCUUCUUGUCAACAAUCAAGAAUUCUGUUAAUAUUCCAUGAUUCUCACCAGAAUGCAUUGUGUAACCUUGAGGCCAAAAAAAUACGUUUGCAAAGCUUAAUAUGCAGCAUUGCUUGUAUCUGUGUAUACUAGCUUGCAGUCUUCUUCCCUGUUCUUGCUGAUACAUUGCAGCACAUCCUAUCAGCACCUGUUGCUCAGUGGAAUAGUGUGACGUCACUGGCAAGACUGCACAGCUCAUCACUCAGAUCAAGGAGUUUAAAAUUACUCUUCAAACUCUUUAAUUACCACUUUUUUUUCAAUCAUCGUUGAACAAUGAGAAUUGUAGUUUGUGACAGUCACACAGUUUGUGAGAUGUCAUUUGUGGCCAGCUGUUCAUUAAGGAACAAAAUACCAGACUUGAUUUGACCAAACCUGAGUCUGUUCUGACCCCCAAACAGACAAACCCACUCUCUGAGGCAGGUCAGGUGAUCACGUUGUCCACUCCUGCUCGGCCGAUACAUACAGGAGAGCUGUCACAGAUUCAUUCUCGUUUGU